UUAUAAAGAAUGUUUCAUUACAGCUUCAUCAUGCGGAGGUACAGUCCACCAUAUUAUAGUCCUCCAAGGAGGGGAUAUGGGGGUAGAGGAAGGAGUCCCCCACCAAGGGGAUAUGGUGGGUAUGGUGGACGCAAAGAGCAUCAGAAUCAUGGAAGUCUUUUGGUUCGAAAUGUUCCUCUCAGUAGCAGACCAGAAGAUCUCCGAGUUCCAUUUGAAAGAUUUGGACCUGUAAGGGAUGUGUAUCUGCCAAAAGAUUAUUACACAGGGGAACCUCGAGGCUUUGCAUUUGUGCAGUUUGUGGAUCCUUUUGAUGCUAAAGAGGCUCAAUACCAUAUGAAUGGCCAACUUUUUUGUGGAAGAGAGCUAACUGUGGUUGUUGCUGCAGAGACCAGGAAAAGGCCAGAGGAUAUGCGUAACAGAUCCAGGACGAGUGGUUCUUCAGGUAAUGGAGGACGACGGUCAUCAUACUAUGGACGUUCCCGUUCACGUUCUCCCCGUUACCCUCCACCUUCUAGGAGCCGAUACCGCUCUAGAUCCUAUUCUCCUGCUUCGAGACGUCGAGGUGACUACUCCAUCUCCCCAAGGAGAAGGCAUGCAGAUUCCUCAAGAUCCCCAAGGGAUCUUCCACCAGAACGAGAUGAACAUGUGCAGAGGCGGUCAUAUUCACCAGGCUAUGGUGAUGCUGAUAGAGAUCAAGGUGGCAAGGGCUAUCAUGAGAAGCCUAUUUAUGAUGCAGAGGGGACACAGGUAGGUUGGAGAUCUCCUGGAGGUGCCUCAAGAUCUCCGUCUGGGUCGCGGUCAAGGUCUGCUGACUUGUCUCCCAGACGUAGCAGAUAGAU